UCGUCCUCUUUAUCUCUCAAGCCGAUCCUGAUUGCCCAUACCAGUCGGCACAACCCCGGAUAAAAGAAUUUUCAUUUCAUUUCGAGCGCAACCUGUUUUCUUUCUUCCGCCCAGAAAGCAACUAUCUUUUCCAUUGCCUCGGGAUUUCCCUUACCUUUUUCUAAGACUCAGAGAAUAAGUUCUGUCAUAGGUUUAGGCUUCAAUUUCCAUAGCCUCCUUUGGGUUCUCCUCCAAAAGACAGAAAAGAAAGUAGAAAAGCUAAAAAAUUGGAGACAAAACAACAACCUCAUAAUCCAAUUCGUUCGCACCGUUGCUUUAUGAUUCUUCCUGACCUUCGACCUCACAAUCUGAUCGAGUCUGUGAUUCGUAUCCAAAACUGGGUACCCUUUUUUACAAAGGCAUCAUUUUUUUUUCACUAAAGGUAGCAUUAAUCUUUGUUGCUCUCUCUCCCACCACCACCAUCAACAAAUUAUUUAAGAAGCACCAGGACCGAAGAAACAUGAAGGUCCACCCGAUGCCCAGGAAGCGCAACAUCACCAUUCAAUACGAAAUGAAUGCGAGAAAUACUUUUGCUGAAGCUCAGGCGCUUUUGGGUCUCUCCACCAAGAAGCUCAGGCGCUUGCCCCACAUCUUCAGCCGGGUCCUCGAGCUCCCCUUUCGGUCCGACGCUGAUGUCUCAAUCGAAGAGAAACCCGAUUGCUUCCGAUUCAUCGCCGAGACGAGCAACGACAUACGCGACGUGCGGGCCCACACCGUCGAAAUCUAUCCCGGGGUGACCAAGAUCGUGGUGAGGGAAAGUGGGUCCCUCGAAUUGUCCCUGGACGAGCUUGAGCUCGAUAUUUGGAGGUUUCGGCUACCCGAGUCUACGAGGCCCGACUUGGCUAGCGCGGUUUUUGUCGACGGUGAGCUUAUCGUGACGGUGCCCAAGGGUGAGGUGGGAGUGGAGAGUGCUGGGGAAAAGGGUGUUGGUGGUGGUGGAGAUGAGGAGUUCUGGAGGGAUGGGAAUGGUGGGGGAUUUAGAGGAGGUAUCGGAGGUAGGCUUGUGCUUGUACAGUGAUGAAGAUUUGAACUUUUUAUUUAAUUAUUGGCGCUUUUUUAAUUCGGUAUUUAUUAGUUUGCAAGUUAGUAUGGGAUGGGACUAGUUUUGUUAUGUUUACUUUGCUGUUGAAUCAAGAAGUGCUGAUUUCUCUUUA